AUGAACUGCAGCGUGCACCACAGCGUGCUGCUCAGUUACGGAAUGGAGAAGAGGCUAGACCCAGUCACUCUGCAGCUCCUCUGGGACUUUGUCAAAGCAAAGGAGCAAUUGCUCAAGUCGCCUUACUUUCCAGUACUGUUUUCUUUUACAGCUUACCUGACUUUCUGUCUUCCUUACAUUGCACUGGACUUCUUAAGCACUAAAGUCCCAGCCGUGAGAAAAUACAAAAUCCAGCCUCUGAGUUAUCCAACUCUGGGAAUGAUGGUACCGUGUAUGGUUCAAUGUGUCUAUCAUCACGCUGUCUUUAUCUUCCCAGUGACAGUUGCUCAUUGGUACUGGAGACCAGUGGAUUUACCAGUAAUGGCUCCAGACCUGCCGAGGGUCCUGCUGGAUGUAACGGUUUGCCUGCUUCUCUUUGACUUCCAGUAUUUUCUGUGGCAUUUGCUUCAUCAUAAGGUGCCUUGGCUCUACAAGACUUUUCACAAGGUUCAUCAUAAGCAUGUAUCUACGUUUGCUCUUACCACACAGUACUCAAGUGUUUGGGAGUUACUUUCACUGGGAUUUUUUGCUGCCAUAAAUCCAGUGUUGCUGAAGUGCCAUCCUUUGACAGAAAUGAUUUUCUUCCUUGUUAAUAUCUGGCUGUCAGUGGAGGAUCAUUCAGGCUAUGAACUUCCAUGGUCAACAAACAGACUGAUGCCAUUUGGCUUGUAUGGAGGAGCUCCGCAUCAUGAUCUCCAUCACCUGAAGUUCAAAUGUAACUAUGCUCCUUACUUCACUCACUGGGACAGACUAUUUGGAACACUUGCUCACGCACGUUCACAACAAUAACAGGGAAUUCGUCUGUUACCUAGCUAAUUUUGUACAGCUAAUAAAUUAAAAGAAGAGUAUAUUUGUUUCAGAGCCACAGAUAUA